AUGGUCGACGCAGGCCCAUGUGAGCCCACAGAGACGGUCGAUGCAGGCCCAUGUGAGAGCCCACAGAGGCAGCUGGUCGGCACCGGGAGAGAGACGGACGGGAUGGACUUGGACUCGGUCGCGGUUGGUGUGCCAUUAUUUAUUGAUGAUCCAGUGUCACUACAACGCGGGGAGGUGGAGCUUCGAUGUACGGUGGUCUCCUCAGUUUCUACAAGUUGCAUGGCGAUGAGGUUCCUAUCAGCCGUGGAUCUGCCUUGUCAUCCAUGUAUGGCCAUGGUUAUCCUCCCCCUCCUCCUCCUGCUCCUCGUGCCUCUCACCGCUGCCCAAACGUGGCCAGCAUGCGGCGAGAGCGGCAACUACAAAUCAAAUAGCACCUAUGAAGCCAACCUCAAGCUCCUCUCUUCCACCCUCCCGAAGAAAGCAGCAUCCAACACCACCCUCUUCGCUACCGACACAGUCGGCAAUGUUCCAAACACCAUCUUUGCCCUUGCUCUCUGCCGCGGGGACUCCAAUGCCUCUGCCUGCGAGGGAUGCUUGGUGACCGCCUUCCAGGACGGGCAGGAACACUGCACGAGCAAUAAGGAUGCCACCGUGUACUACAAUAGCAAUCCCUGCAUGCUCAGGUUCUCCAACAAGAAUUUUCUCGCCACCAACGUCAAUGACAAUAUACUCGUCAUUGUGAGCCUCGACAUGUUCAUAAACAUCUCGACAAGAGCUGACUCCUUCAGCUUCUUGUUGUUCACACUUCUGAACAACACAGCUCAAUCGGCUGCGAACAGCUCGAGGAGGUUCACCACCUCGCGCUUGGAUGUCAGCUCCCUCCCGACGCUCUACUGCCUUAUGCAGUGCACGCCCGACCUGACCGCUGACGACUGUGUGGCCUGUUUCCAGCCUUACUCCCAGAUAACACUCAAGUACAUGGACGGUAGGAAAGGUGGUCGACUUCUGGGGACACGGUGUAGCAUGAGGUACGAGAUAUACCCGUUCUUUCAAGGGGACCCCAUGCUGCGUAUUAUCAGCUUGGUAUCUGAACUUCCGCCGACCAACAAUACCAUGCCGCCAGUUACAUUGUACCCACCCCCGCAGUCGCAACCGCACUCACCGGAUGCGGCACCACCACCUCCGGAGGCGCAAGCGACCACCCAAGAACUUCAUGGAACAGAAAUCGUACAUGAUCAAGCUGCCACAAAUAGGCCGGAAGAAGACGCAUUGGUUUGGAGAUUGGAAGAAAAGAGUUCAGAGUUCACUCUCUUUGACUUCUCUGAGAUCUUGCGUGCUACACACAACUUCUCGAAAGAAAACCUACUUGGGCAAGGUGGUUUUGGCCCUGUCUACAAGGGCCAAUUACCAGAUGGAAUAGAAAUUGCAGUUAAAAGGCUUGCCUCACAUUCAAGACAGGGUUUCACAGAAUUCAAAAAUGAAGUUGAACUUAUUGCAAAACUACAACACAGUAAUCUGGUCAAGCUCAUGGGUUGCUGCAUUCAGGGAGAGGAAAAACUUUUGGUGUACGAAUAUUUGCCAAAUAAGAGCUUGGACUUCUUUAUCUUUGAUGUUAGCAGAACAACUUUGGUUGAUUGGAAUAAAAGAUGUGUGAUAAUCGAAGGGAUAGCCCAAGGUCUACUGUAUCUCCACAAGCACUCUCGGUUGCGCAUCAUACACAGAGACCUUAAGGCCAGCAACAUUCUCUUGGACCAGGACAUGAAUCCUAAAAUUUCUGAUUUUGGGCUAGCUAAAAUUUUCAGCUCCAAUGAUACUCAAGGAAGCACAAAGAGGGUGGUGGGAACAUAUGGCUAUAUGGCUCCGGAGUAUGCAUCUGAAGGCAUUUACUCGAUCAAAUCUGAUGUGUUCAGCUUUGGUGUCUUACUUCUCGAGAUCCUUAGCGGACAAAGGAAUUCUGGUUUCCAUCAGCAUGAAGACUUUCUUAACCUCCUUGGAUAUUCAUGGCAGCUCUGGGAAGGAGGAAGAUUUCUUGAGCUUCUAGAAGCAUCAAUUGCUAAGGAGAUCCAUGCAGCGGAGGCUAGGAGGUACAUUAACAUUGCACUAAUGUGCGUACAAGAGCAUGCAGAUGAUCGACCGACCAUGUCAAAUGUCGUUGCGAUGUUAAACAGCGAGGGUGUUAUUCUUCCAGAGCCUAAGCAUCCGGCAUACUUCAACCUAAGGGUAUCUAAGGAAGAUGAAUCGGGUAGUGUUCUGUACAGUCAUAAUGAUGUAACUAUCUGCAGUAAUAAUGACGUAACCAUCACUGAGGAACCAGAUGGCAGAUAG